GGUGAUGGAUGCUUCACGCACCCAUAUCCAUUAAUCAACAAAGUUGUGUGUCUGAGAGUGAGAGAGAGACAGACAGAGAGAGAGAGAGAGAGAGAGAUGGGUUUGAGUAGCAUGAAGGGCAGUGAAGAGAGUGAAGCAUACGACGCUCAAAUCCAUUUAUACAAACACGUAUACAACUUCGUGAGUUCCAUGGCUCUCAAGUCUGCUAUGGAGCUAGGCAUAGCAGACGCAAUCCACAGCCACGGAAAAGCCAUGACCCUUUCUGAGUUGUCCUCAGCUCUCAAACUCCACCCCUCAAAACUCGGUGUUCUCCACCGCUUCAUGCGCCUUCUCACACACAACGGCUUCUUCACCAAAACAAGUACUCAAAAAGAAGGAGCAGAAGAGGAAAUAGCAUACGCUCUCACUCCUCCUUCCAUGCUUCUCGUCCGAAGCAAGCCAACGUGUUUGGCACCUAUUGUGAAGGGAGCACUCCAUGCAAGCUCCCUUGACAUGUGGCACUCCUCGAAGAAAUGGCUCACGGAGGAUAGUAAGGAACUCACGCUGUACGAGAGUGCCACUGGUGAGAGCUUCUGGGACUUUCUCAACAAAACCACCGAGUCCGACACGCUCACCAUGUUCCAAGAUGCCAUGGCUGCGGACUCUGCCAUGUUCGACCUCGCUCUCCAAGAAUGCAAACACGUGUUCCAAGGGUUGUCUUCCCUCGUCGAUGUGGGAGGUGGGACAGGUGGCGUCGCCAGGCUCAUCCACCAAGCCUUCCCUCACUUGAAAUGCACCGUCCUUGACCAACCACAAGUUGUCGCUAACUUGCCUUCUUCUGAAAAUCUUAAUUUUGUUGGUGGUGAUAUGUUCAAGUCCAUCCCCUCUGCCGAUGCAGUUUUACUAAAGUGGGUUCUGCAUGAUUGGAACGAUGAACUCUCCUUAAAGAUAUUGAAGAACUGCAAAGAAGCUAUUCGUGGGAAAGGGAAGGAAGGAAAGGUGAUAAUCAUAGACAUAGUAAUUGAUGAAACGGGCGAUGACUCCAAGUUGACCGAGUUGAAGCUGGACUAUGACUUGGUGAUGCUGACUAUGUUCAAUGGGAAAGAGAGAGAAAAGAAAGAGUGGGAGAAACUCAUAUAUCACGCUGGCUUCAGCAGCUACAAGAUCACUCCUAUAUGUGGCUUCAAAUCCCUCAUCGAACUUUAUCCUUAAUUUAUUACUUAGAAGCUAGAUGUGUGUGCUACCGUUUUAAUAAGUUUUUACCCCUUCUCGAAUCAGAUUGGUUGACCUAUUAGUAUUUUAAAAAAGAAAAAUGAUACUGAUUGUUGUCUUUUUCUUUUCUAAAAUAUAAUAAAAAUAAUUGAUAUUUAUCAAAACUAAGACAUGUGUGAUGAAAUUGAAAGGAGUCAAUAUUUGAUUAAAGAAAA